UAAGAUAAUAUUUACAGUGGCCCCCAACUAGAAGGACUUGUUCGAGUGAUAGGUCAAGUGCAUGAGGCAGAAAAGCGCGGGAAUUCAGGUGUUUUGAAUGCAUAAUGUCCUUCAUGGUACAGACAACUAAAUCAGUGCGUCGUGCCCGGAGAAAAUGAACAGACAUGUGUUUUCAUAUGCUAAUUCAUGAUACCUCAUUGACAUGUCAAUCAGUGAAGCCAUCUUGGAAACCCAUAAGCCCUGACAGCGCCAGAGGGGGCAUUCACAAACGGGUGAACGCCCCGGAUAAUUGGUCGGAGUCACGGAGCGACAACUUGUUGCUUCCCUGGCGGUGAAUCUCGGCUGUUGGCACCAUCUCGCCGCAUACCGACGCACCACUCAGGGACGUCCUGCUCACCUUCGGCAGCUCAUCGCUGGUCUCCUGCUGCUUCUACCGACCUCCAUCCACUCCACGCCGACUGAAAUCCCUGCCCGAUCCACAGUGCCGGUGUGUCUGGCUGCAUCCUCGGCGCCAGUGUUUGAACCAGCUGCUCAGGUCUGACGGGUUGGGGUGGCAUUCCGUGGCGGGCUAUGGCUACCAUGACGCAAGAAGUGGACAACUCUAAGCGGUCGGUAGUGGUACUGCAGAACGAAGCCCUGUACAGAAACACGUAUAGCAGUAGAGAUGAAGACGAGGCAUGGCGAUCCUACUUGGAAAACCCUCUCACAGCCGCCACCACCGCCAUGCUCAACAUCAAUGGUGACGAAGACAGCGCAGCCGCACUGGGACUGCUCUAUGAUUACUACAAAGAUUGUAACCCGUCCUCCAUCGCCGCGCCGCUGGGGGUGCCAAAGGAGAAGAGAAUGAAUGCCAACUAUGUUACUAGAACACCCAUGGGUCCACCGGAAACAGAUCAACCAAGCAGGGACCUGACGAUGUUGCGUAACGUGCCCCUGGCCGACUCCAUCACGUCCUCGGGGUUUGACGGUCACCAUGCCCACAGCUCCCCGGUCACCACCCAGCCCCCUGCCGCCUCCCCCCUCACGGUACGGGCUGACCAUCACAUCCACAUCCACAAGCCUGACCACUCGCCCAUGAUUGUAGCCAAACCAGACGAGAUGGACAGAACUCCGGACAGUGCCUUCAGCGAGGCUACAUUCAAGGACCACCAACAAGAGCAUGACGUGCUCGGUGACGACAUGUCCGCCUUCCAGGUCUUCAAUUACAACAUCAGCCAGGUCAGCUUGGCUGCUGCGCAUGUGCAGAGGCGACAACAACCCGAGUUGUUGCAGCAGGUCAUCACAGAGACACAAAUCAUGCCUCCUCCGGAGCCUAUCAAUGGCGUCGCAUUUGAAUACAUCUUGGAGGCACCAAAGUCUCUCCGCCAGAAACCCGGAGAAGCAAGCAUGAGCUACGUGAACAAAGGCCAAUUCUAUGCAGUGACGUUAACAGAAGCAGGGAGUAGUCCAUGGCGGCACCACAGCACUAAAGUCAGAUCCGUGAUUCAAGUAGUGUUUGGAGACGGUCGCAGUGAGGAAGAACAACUGAAACACUGGCGAUACUGGCACGCACGGCAGCACACCGCAAGACAGAGGAUCAUCGACAUGGCUGACUACAAGGAGAGCACCAACGUGAUCGAGAACAUUGAUGAGAUUGCGCACAACGCCAUCGCCUUCUCCUGGGACGUGCGGGAGACCGGCAAGGUCUUCAUCAGCGUCAACUGCCUCAGCACAGACUUCUCUUCACAGAAGGGCAUUAAGGGUCUUCCACUUAAUCUGCAGAUUGACACCUACACAGACUACUUCAAGGGGGCUACACCUGUUCACAGAGCUUACGUACAGAUUAAAGUAUUCUGUGAUAAGGGCGCAGAAAGGAAGAUCCGCGACGAGGUCCGUAAGAUCAGUAAAAAGAAGCAGUCAGAGGAGAUCAAGAGCCAGAUCCCCAGCCACAAGCGGAACGAGUUGGCCUACUUCAAACCCAUGGCUGACCUGAAGACUCCCCCUGUCCUGUUCGUACCAGACUUCAUCCCGGCAGCCAGAGCACCGCCACAGAUAACCCAGCCCGUGACAUUUGGCUUGACGCCGCCGUUUGACAGGGGAAUGAAGAGGUCGUUCUCGGAAGACAGUGCCUACUCACCUGAAAGCUCCCCUACACCAGCUGCCAAAGUCGCCAACAAGAGCGUUCUCCUGUACGUACGGAAGGAAGAGGAUGAUGUGUACGACGCCCUGAUGCUCCGCGAGCCCAGCGUCCAGGGGCUCCUCUCUGCCGUGGAGGAGAAAUACAAGGUUCCCAAUGACAAAGUCAGCAAGGUCUUCAAGAAGUCCAAGAAAGGAAUUUUAGUCAACAUUGACGACAAUAUAAUCGAGCACUACUGCAAUGAGGACACAUUCAUAAUCGAGCUGCAGGAGGAGACGGACGGCAACAUCAGGGUCAUCCUUACAGAGGUGCAGGACACCCCCUGACUGUCACAUCAGGCAACCAGACAGACUUCUACCAACCAAUAACAAGCAUGUUUCAAGUUAGGGAAUGUGUAAUUUGGAUGGAUGGCAAAAUUUCAAAAUCUUUUACUUCAAACUGUCACCUCAUCUACUGAUAUAUGUAAGAGACAGUCUGUGAGAGGGGAUGUGGGUGGUGAGGGGUUAUAGCAGCAAUAUCUUAGUUUUAUGCGCAUUGCUGCAAACAAUGUAAGAAGGGAAAGUCAUAAGAGUCUAUUUUUGUACAGACAAUCAUGGUGGGAAGAGUCGGGGUAGGGUUGGCACGGCUGCAAACAUUUACAACAGUUUUGCAAUGUUAACAGUUACUAUUUCUUGAGAGGUUUUCAACUCCUUGAUCUUCAAAAGAAAUGUCAUUCCUUUGAUCUUGAUGACAUGUAAUCUUUGAAUCUAAUUGUUACAAUUUUCAGUUUGAUCGAAAAUAUAGAAGUGAACAUGAGUAUGAAAUAAAUGGAAUGAAAGUUUUGGGGUUUAGGUACAGGGACACUUCUUGCAACAAUGACAGUGUGAUAACAAUAAUGAUUGCUUUAAUA